AUGACACUGUCGGUGCCGACAUUUCCGGAGAUAAAUAAAACUCGAGUGGCUAGGAAAAGACGCAAAAUGAGUUUAGGUACGCAGCCGCUGUUAAAUGGCACCAAAAGUCCACUGUUCAACCGCUCUUCAUCAAUUGCUGAUGCGUUCUCGGAGAGCUUUCGGACAAUGGCCGCAAUAACGACGCGACGCAACUCAACACCACUGUUGCGGAAGGCGACGAAGAAGAUGAAGAAAUCAAGGUUGAUUGCGAAAAAUGGGAUCUGUAAUGUAUAUAAUACUAAUGUACCAAAGAAAGAUCGACAGUAUCUGAGGGACAUUUUUACAACUAUGAUUGAUGUGAAGUGGCGGUACAUGCUUGUUAUAUUUGCUAUCGUUUUCAUGAGCAGCUGGACAGUGUUUGCCAGUUUUUAUUAUGUGAUAAGUGUUCUGCAUGGCGAUAUCCGUAAUCAGUUUAAACGCGGUUUAUUCAAUCAUUCUGUUUGCAUUCAAAACAUUGACUCCUUCUUCUCAUCAUUCCUGUUUGCUGUGGAAACACAUCAUACCAUUGGUUAUGGACACAGGUAUAUAACAACGGAGUGCCCAAUGGCCGGUGCAAUAAUGUGCCUUCAGUGUAUAUGUGGUCUUCUCAUUCAAAGUUUUAUGGUUGGUCUUGUAUUCGCAAAGAUGGCACGACCUAAAAAGCGAGCUGAAACGAUCAUUUUCAGUGAAAAAGCAGUAAUUUGUCUGCGGGAUGGGCAACUGUGCUUUCUGUGUCGCGUUGGUGAUAUGCGGAAUACCCAUUUGGUGGAAGCGCAUGUGCGCCUGCAAUUCAUCACUGAUCGCGAAACUGCCGAGGGCGAGAUCGAGCCAUUGCAUCAGUAUGAAAUGAAAGUGGGUCCCAGUACUACUGAUGAUGACCGCAUUUUUUUGGUGUGGCCGAGCACGCUCUGUCACGUAAUUGACAGUGAGAGCCCGCUGUACGAAUAUAAUGCAAGUUCGAUGUUGAGUGCUCAGUUUGAAAUUGUUGUACUGUUGGAAGGAAUCGUUGAAUCAACAGGAAUGACUGCUCAAGCACGUACCUCCUAUCUACCUUGCGAGAUUCUCUGGGGACACAGGUUCAAAAAGCUUGUAACAUAUCAGCGUAGUAAUGGGUCAUAUCAAAUCGACUACGGCAUAUUUCAUAGCACAUACGAAGUAAAAACGCCAUCCUGCAGCGCCAGUCAGUUCCAUGCUCGCCGCCUCGUAAGUUACGGACAUUUAAAUAACUUGAGAAACACAAUGAUUUUCCUGAUGUAA